GCGGCCGGCGGGAGGGUUUGUCGGCGGUGACCGGGCAGGAUGGAGGUAAAAGAUGCAAAUGCUGCGAUGCUCAGUAAUUAUGAGGUCUUUAAACUCCUGAACGAUCUUAAGGAACAACGGAAAGAAAGUGGGAAUAAGAAGCAUAGUGCUGGUCAGCAGAAUCUUAACACAAUCAUGUACGAGACUCUUAAAUAUUUGUCCAAAACACCCUGCAAGGAUCAGACUCCAGAAAUUGUAACCAAAUUUCUCAAGGCUAUGGUUUCACAAAAACUUACCAAGGCAGAAAAGCUUCAGUUGUUGAACCAUAGACCAUUGACUGCGGUGGAGAUACAGUUGAUGGUAGAAGAGAGUGAGGAAAGGCUAACAGAAGAACAGAUUGAAGAGCUAUUGCAAACUAUCAGUAGCAUCCUGCCAGGAAGCCCAGAUGAGCAAGGUGGAGUUCAGCAGCAGGAGGAGGCGGACAUGGUGGUUGAAGAGGAUGGAAACCCAAUGGAUGAAUCCUAGCACAAUCCAGCAGAGACACGAUUCCUGUCAAGCAAUAUACACCAACUGCAGCCCUUCUUUCCAGGGACCAUCCUGGUAAACAUCUCCUGCACUCUCUCGAUUGCUAUCAUCUCUUUACUGCAGUGUGGCAACCAGAACUGUACACAAUACCCCAGAUGUUUAUUGAUGAAAGCAAACUGAGAAAAGAUGAAAAGGAAACUGUUCUGCCUUCCCCCUUGCAAACUAUUUCAUUAUGCUUGAAAAGAAAUGAAGAUAACAAGAAAUGAAGAUAACAUAAGCUCUGCAAUUAAUAAUACAGUGGUGUCAUGAUGCCCAUGUUAUGCUGCAUUUCAAGCUGUUUUGUGUCUGCCUCUGCUGAUGAGUUUGAUUUAUGGUUCUAUUGAGUCUCAAUUUAUUUUCUGUUUUGCACAAUCUGUUUGCAGAAGAAUCAAUACAUAAAAGCAAUCCGAGGCUGAAUGUGAAUGAAUAUCAACAUUAAAUUAGUGUAGUGUUUUUACAAGCCGAAAACCUUUAGGGCCAUUGGCUUAUGUAACAAGGAAUUUAAAAAUCUGAACAUUUUCAGGCACAUAUGGCAGACUCGGAUUAUUUUCUGUUUUAUGUAAUGUCUGCUUUCCUGUGGAGCCUCAGUCAUUCUCCAGUGUGAGCAGAUUUGUUUAUGUUAGCCAGAAGAAAGAAAAUUCAGCACUCCAUUUUCUAGACGAGGGUAUCAGUCAGGGUAAGUUUAUGAUUAAUUUUGUUCACGGAACUGACAAUCUGAUCAAUGCUUGGUUUUGUGCUUCUCACGUCUUCUGCGGGUUUAUUUGAAAAUCAGUAACGAUGUCUGUCUCAGCAGAAGAGAAUCAGGAGCCUAUAACUCCAUUGUAUUGUGAUGAACAACAGUAUGAUUAUUGAAAGCAUACAAAUAGUAUGUAAAACAUUUAGGCACUAAGUACAAUGAAUAAAAUAACAGCUGAUGCCAGACAUUGUUAAAAUAAGGGCUGAAAUUUGGUCAUCUUUGGCAAACACAGACACAAAAUGUUAAAAUUGAUCUCACAUUAACUGUCCCUCUUUGAAAAGUUCUGCGUUCUCUGCACUUUGAUCACCUAAUAUGUGGUCUGGCAGCUGACAACCGCAAAAAUCACACAUGAAACCUGGCUGAAUUUCACUGGUAUCACUAUCCUUUGAAUUCUUUGAUCAGAUAAUAUUUUAUUUAUUAUACAUAUUACACUAUUACUAUGGAAGCAUACUUAAUGGCUCAAGCAGCAAAUGCACCUUAUAAACCUGUUGUGACUUGGCAAGCAACAGAACAAGAAGUAAUUAGUCAAUGUUCCCUGUGUUUAUGAUUAUAAUCUACUAACUUCUGUAGAUUUUAUGCUAUCCAGAUGAAGGUAAGAAUAAACUUUAUUAAUGUGGCAAAAGGCCAAUCAGUAAACACUCUGUGCUCAAUCUGACCAGAUGGGGAACUUGGGCAGGAUAUGAAGAAACAGGCUGUAGAACAAUUUUCUGUCCUAAAGAACUUGCAUUCAUAUAUUUUAUUCAUGACCCCACAUAUUCCACCAUACUCACCAGUCAAUGAAGUUCAUUUGAAAUAUAGACUUUAUUUCAAUGUAGGAAAUAGGAAAAAAUGUGUUACUGGUCAGAUGCUUAUUCUCUCUUAUCUUUAUCCGUCAGUUUGUUUAGUGAUAAUAAUUGAUAGAUUUUACUUUUUAGCCAUGAACAUUCUUAGUCUGAGGAAAAUGCUGCUCAAAGUAAAUCUAUUACUUGUUGAAAAAUGGAAAUUUCCAAUUGCAAUUAAUGAUUUGUUAAUUAGCAUUUCGGAAAGUGUUGCAUAAUGUAACAUAUAUUGUACUCUGUUGCACUUUGGUAACAAAUGCUACCUUUAUUUAACUAUAGAGAGAAUCGAUAUACUUCACUAUAUAAGCAGUGAAUCGGUAAACAUGAUUAAGGGUCGUUAACCACCUGCUUCUUAAGUAAAAUAUUUGGUUUUGUUUAAGAUCGUAAGACAUAUGAGCAGAAAUAGACUAUUCAGCCCAUCGGAUCUGCUCCAUUAUCCAAUAGCUGAUCUAUUUUUCCAUCUCUACUGCAUUCUCCUGCCUUCUCCCUGUAACUGAUGUCCUUACUAAUCAAGAACCU